GCGUGAACCAUGUGGCGGCCGGUGCUGUUCCUACUGGCUGUGGCGCUAGCGAGUGGGUCUUCCUCGAAGGCGAAUCAGAGGGGCGAGCUGUGGGCGGUGCUUGUGGCAGGUUCCUCCUCCUGGAUGAACUACCGCCAUCAGGCGGACGUGUGUCACGCCUACCAGAUCCUCAACCAACAUGGUGUCCCCGACGACCACAUUAUCGUCAUGAUGGUCGAUGAUAUUGCACACAACGAAGAGAACCCGACGCCGGGCGUGAUCAUCAACCGACCCGGAGGACCUAACGUGUACGAAGGCGUCCCGACGGACUACACAGGCAAUGACGUGACUCCCGAGAACUUCCUGAAGGUGCUGAGCGGUGACGUCGAAGGAAUGAAGGACGUCGGGUCCGGGAAGGUCGUGCGAAGCGGCCCCAACGACCGCAUCUUCCUCAACAUGGUGGACCACGGCGCCCCCGGCAUCUUCGCCUUCCCCUACGACUACCUCAACGCCACGAACCUCACUGACACCAUCCUCGGCAUGCAUCGCGACGGGAAGUUCGGAGAGAUGGUGAUGUAUGUGGAGUCGUGCGAGUCGGGGUCGCUGUUCCACAACCUACUUCCGAAAGAUGUUAUGGUGUAUGCUUUGAGCGCCUCGAGUCCCAACCAGCACUCGUACGCCUGUUACCUGGACACAGAGAGAGACACUUACCUGGGAGACGUAUUCAGCGUCAAGUGGAUGGAGGACACUGAUAGGGAGAACCUGCACCACGAGACGCUGAAGAAGCAGUUCAAGCUCGUGAGGAAGGAAGUGACGACGUCCACCGUGAUGCACUGGGGGGAGAUCCGCCUCGACCGUCAGCACCUGUCCAAGUUCAUGGGGAAGAGGCAGGCGAGUCGGAGCCAGCAGGAUGUGUACCUGCCGAUCCGCGGGGAGGAAGACCCUUGCCUGGAGAGCGCCGUGGCCAGCCCUGACGUCCCGGUGGCGAUCCUCAAGUCCCGCAUCCGGAGGGCCAAGGAGGUCGCCGAGGUGGACGCCCUCAAGGAGGAGCUCCGGCACCUGCGCAUGAACCGCGUGAUCGUCAAGGUGGCCAUGACCCGCAUCAUCGGGCACGUGGCGGGCGGCGCGCCUCGGAUGGCGUCGCUCCUCGUGGCCAGCGGGAACCACACCAUCACGCGCUGGCCCUGCUACACCGCCUCCGUCAGGGCCUUCCACAACCACUGCUUCAACCUGGCAAAGAACCCGUAUGCCCUCCGUGUGCUCAAGCCGGUCAUCAGCAUGUGCGAACACGGCUACACGGCAGAGGAUUUCACCCGCGCUGCCAAGCUCUUGUGCACACACGGCCCCGCGUCUGGCAUCGUGUGAAGGAGGCAGGGAGCGGCAAAGGAAGCAGAAGGGUGCGGAAGAGGUGAAGGGGAAAUGAUAAACGGAGUAAUAAAGGAGAAUAUGGAAGGUAGAGGAGGGAGAGACAGCAAAAAAUGAUUUACCUUAAAGUUUGGAAAAAUAUUUUCAAGUAUUGAUAUGACGAAGAGAGAGAGAGAGAGAGAGAGAGAGAGAGAGAGAGAGAGAGAGAGAGAGAGAGAGAGAGAGAGAGAGAGAGAGAGAGAGAGAGAGAGAGAGAGAGAUAGAGAGAGAGAGAGAGAGAAUUUCCAUCACAUUUGUAUUUUCCAUCAAGGGUUCAACAUUUGAAAUGAUACAAUUUUAUAACCAUCGCUCUUUAUUUGGUCCUGGCAUUAUUUGACGUAAUAAAAAUGAGUUUGGUCAAACACUGUUUUGUCUUUUUAUGUUUUUACCCUUUUUUAUUACACUUCAACAUAUUAGUAUAGUGUUCAUGAGAUCAUUAGUAACUUAAGCUUCGCAGUGUAAAGAGCAGGUGAACUGAGCACAGCUUAAUGUUGUAAUUAGUGCUUAUUAUUUAAUUAUUUAAGAGGGAAAGGGAGAAAGGGAGAAAAGGAAAGAGGGAGAGGAGAGGGUGAGCAGGAGAGAAGAAAGAAGGGACAGGGGAGAGAUAGAGAAGGAAAGAGAGUUAGAAGGAGAGAAGGAAUAAGGGAGAGGGAGAGAAGGAUAGAGGGAGGUAGGGAAAGAGGGUGCGAAGGAGGGAAGGAAUAAGGAAAAGGGAGAGGAGAGAAGGAAAGAGGGAGAGGGAAUGUGACAUUAACGCCAAUAUCAAUAAGAAGGUCAUUCAUAAUAAAACGUCGCACUUGAUAAAAAAUAUCUUUGAUAAGUACAAGUAGUACCCGAUAUCACAUAAAAGGCCGAUUAGCAAUAUUUGGCAUGUGCGUCACACAUGAUGUAAAAGGCUAGUAAAAACAAUUUUUAUCGUCUGUCUCUCUCUCUCUCUCUCUCUCUCUCUCUCUCUCUCUCUCUCUCUCUCCCCUUCUCUCUCUCUCUCUCUCUC